ACCCCCUCCGCACCCGUGAUGCCAACGUCUGAAUCCCCGAACCCGCUGGACAGCGUGUCUGCCAAGUGACGUGCACGGAGAGAAUAAGAAAUAAAGAUAUGUAUUUUCGUUAAAGCAAAACGUUGGAUUGGAUCGAUUAAUCGGAAAGGGUCUCAUGCACAAAAAUAUCAUAGCUUGCCACCGUUGAAUGAUGUACAGCGACGGAACGGCAGCAACAGACAGAUACAUCUGAAGCGAUAAUCCAUAUGGUCACCGGAAUGACGACGAUGAUGAGGGUAGAGAUGAAGGUUUCGUGGCUGGCCGCGGCUGUCUGUCUGCUGUGUGUGCUCCAGUCAGCAGUGUGUCGGGAGGUCUCACUGCCCCCCGGCCCCCUGUACCGCGUGGCCGGGUUCCCCCUCUCCCUCCCCUGCUCCGUCUCGGGCUACGAGGGCCCCAGGACCCAGGACUUUGAGUGGUUCCUGUAUCGCGAGGAUGCGGCCGGGAGGCAGAUGGGCGUGGUGUCCACCCGGGACCAGGGCUUCCCCUACGCCCCCUUCCAGGGCCGGGUGAGGGCGGGGGAAGUGAAGGUGGAGAGGGACGCGGGGAACAGGGCCAGGCUGGUGGUGCAGCGCUUGAGGACGGAGGACCAGGGAAGGUACGAGUGUUACACCCCCAGCACCGACGCCAAGUACCUGGGCAACUACAGCGCCUCCGUCACUGUCAAAGUAAUCCCAGACACUCUCCAGAUCAGCUACUCCCGCUCCCUGACUGGCCAGCCCGUCCCGGAGGGGGCGGAGCUACAGCUCACCUGCUCGGCCGGCGUCCAAUCGGAGCAGCACACCCACGUGUCCGUCACGUUUGGCGUGCGGGGCGGGCCAGGGGAUGCGGAGGGGGCAGGGGGGCCGGGGGCCGGCGUGAGGGAGGUGAUAGCUGUGGAUAAGGAUCUGGUGGUGAGGCCGGGGGAAGCCUUGUCCUACGGGAAGCGCUACGAGGCCGGAGAGAUCUCGCUGGAGAAGAGGGGCGUGGAUUCCGGCCGCCACGCCUACGUGAUGAAGAUGAGGGCCGUGGCCCCGGAGGAUUCUGGGACGUUCUACUGCGAGGCGGCGCAGUGGAUCCUGGACCCUGUGGGACGCUGGGAGAAGAUCGCACAGAGGACGCUGGACAUAGGGAACCUCACCGUGCUGCCCCUAGCCAAGUCUCUGGAGGUGACCUCCAGCCCCAGAGGAGAGGUGACCCUCCAGACCGGGUCUCCCCUCACCCUGACCUGCGAGGUGGGGGGGCUGCCAGGAGGGGGUUGUUCAGCCCUGCUGGUGCAGUGGAUGAAGCGGGGGUCAGGGGGGUCCGGGGAGGUGGAGGUGGCCCGCAGCGGCCCCGACGGGGUGGUGAGCUGGGGGGAGGAGGGCCGGCGGGGAGGAGGCUCCAUGGAGCAGGAGGGCGAGGGGAAGUACGCGCUGCGCCUGUUCUCCGCCCGGCCAGGAGACUCGGGGGUGUACGUGUGCUCCGUUAGCGUGUUCACCGGCGGCCAGGCGGGACGCCCCGCCGUCACACGGAGGUCAGAGGGCGUGACCGUCAACCUCAAGACCAAAGAGGUGCUGGUGUCGGCGGGGGCGGAGCUAGCCCGCGGGCCGCUGCUGAAGCGAGGCAGCACCGUCACGCUGCUGUGCAACGUCUCCGUGGUAACCACCGGCCCCACUCAGGUGGAGGUGAGCUGGCUGCGAGCGCCGCUCCAGGAGCCCGUGACAUCAUCAGCCGGGGACGAGGAGGAGGCGGGAACGCUCCUCGCCGCGCUGAGCUACGACGGCCUGGCGCGUUCCUACGGUAACGGCAGCGAGGCGAGCGUGGAGCGCAUGGCGGCGGGAUGCUACCGGCUGAGGAUCCACGCGGUGGAGCCGGAGGACCAGGGCCGGUACCGGUGCCAGGCGGAGGUUUGGGGGCAGGACCCCCACGGAGGCUGGUACAACACCGGGGCCAAGGCCCGCUCCUCCAGCGUCAGGGUGUACCUGUACGCCCGGGCGGCUGACCUCCUCCUCAUCCCCCUGGUCAUCGGCGUGUCCUCUGCCCUGUUCGUGGGCAUACUCAUCAUCGCCACGGUAACGUGCUGCUUCAUGAAACGGUUGGCCAGGCAACGCUCCCCAAAGUAAGAGAAAGUCCCAUCUCCCAGCAUGCCUCAGCCACCAAUCAGGUGCCAGGGUGUGGCGUGAAACAGGAAGUCAUGGUAGAAGCUGUGAGGUGUCAGAUACUGGAUCAGCUGACCUGUGGGGAACUGCUCUGGUUCUGCUGCACCUGGUAACACACCUGUCGACACCUGGACCAACAUCUGUCCAAACCUGGACCUACACCUGGACCUACACCUGGACCUACACCUGGAGACUUGGACCAACACCUCCCACACCUGUCCACCCCUGUCCACACCUGUCCACACCUGUCCACACCUGUCCAGGUCACACAAACACAACUCUCAGACAUCAUGGUACCAAACUGUUUUCUCUCCCCAACCCCAACUAUAUAAAUACAGUACAUGUAUAUACUGUAUAUGUAGAUAUAUAUUCUCCUACCUAUGUGAAAGGUGUUUGUAUUAUCCACUGUUAUGGAUGUGAGGUUGUCCUCCACAUGAGUAGGAUCUAGAAGGAGGUGAAGAAUGUUUCUUUCCCAAUCACCUCCCCGUCACCUCUCACCUGGCAGGUAGUGUUUUUUUUCCUGCAGAGUGUGUUAGCUGGUUGUGUGUGCCGCAGAGCUGUGUCACAAUGUCAUGUUCUGCAAUGAUGAUUUAAAUGCAACACAUGUUUACAAACAGCCCUCCUGCACUGCCAAUUGCCUCUGCUGCCACGCACACACACACACACACCUCCAAAGUACACCUGAGAGAGGUUGUGUGAGAACAAGGAUCUCUCCUUCCUGCAGAAGAGUUUCAGGGAGACAGCUGUAUCCUCCCCACACCCCUCACCUCCCCGACCCUCCCCAUCUCCCCUGGCCCUCCCCACACCCCUCACCUCCCCACCCCUCCCCACCCCUCCCCAUCUCCCCUGGCCCUCCCCACACCCCUCACCUCCCCACCCCUCCCCAUAUCCUCCAGCUGGUCUCUCCUCCAGCUGGUCUCUCCUCCAGCUGGUCUCUCCUCCAGUUGGUCUCUCCUCCAGCUGGUCUCUCCUCCAGUUGGUCUCUCCUCCAGUUGGUCUCUCCUCCAGCUGGUCUCUCCUCCAGCUGGUCUCUCCUCCAGCUGGUCUCUCCUCCAGUUGGUCUCUCCUCCAGCUGGUCUCUCCUCCAGCUGGUCUCUCCUCCAGCUGGUCUCUCCUCCAGCUGGUCACUCCUCCAGCUGGUCUCUCCUCCAGCUGGUCUCUCCUCCAGCUGGUCUCUCCUCCAGCUCCUCACAUCGCUGGUUUUUCUCUCAGUGUGCUCCACGUGACCCUGAGGCAGGGUCUGGCAGCAGUGCAGGCUGGGUAAUCCCUGUGGUAAUGCCAGCUCACAGCAGCACUGAGCCCCCCUCCCCCCCCCACACUCAGCCUGCCUGGAGCUUGUAUUUAAUGCUUCCCUGUUCUCCUGUGGAGCAUCGAGGCAAACCCAGCUAUUUAAAUUGUUUGUUGUUUUUCAUGUUGUCGUUUUUUUUUCCAAUGUCCCACUAACAUUUUGUUGCACUGUUGAGAUACAGAACUAAUGUCUGUCUUCUGUGGUGUUUGGAAGGUGUUCUGGUACUGUUUCUUAUAUGAAUUGUUUACUGAUUUGAUAUGACCACUUCUUUGUCAUUUUUUGGGGGGAGGGAAUUUGCAACCCUUGACAUGCACACACAUUUAUGGCUCGUUCAUGUAUUUGUUCUGUUGUUAUGGUGCUUUGGCAUUGCUGCCGUUCAAAACAAACAAUAAACCGCUCCCGAUUUACAAAGA